AAGAACUCAUCGAACUCUGACCCGUACAACAUAAGAUGACCAAAAGUCGAGAAAGCAGUGGAUGUGUCAGUACAUCUAUACAAUUUUCGUCAUGGAAACAAGUAUUAUGCAUGCAUACCAAGUUUCAUCUCCAUGGGUGCUACCGUUAACAAGUUUGAGGAGGAAAAAAUCCCUGUUGUUUAUAAACAUAUAUUGUUUUUUUUUAUAGUGGUCACUGAAUAUACAAAUUUUCAUUCACAUAGCUCUUAGCAUAUGAGUUACACUAACACACGUGUCCCCAUUUUAAUGUAUUGCCUGUGGCUUUUUGUUGUUGUUUACAGUAUAUUCUCUUCUGUUAAUGUCUCUGGUAUUAUGACUGUAUGACUUUGUUAUUGUGUCUUAUUGUGUGCAGUUCUCCAUCAGGAAGCACCAGACGGAUGCCACUCUGGUGGUGCGUGUCAGCAGCUCGGUGGCAGGCGUGACUGCUGCACAGGCGUUCAGCAAACUCCUCAACCACUCCGACAGAACAGCCUGGGACUUCAUGUGCAAGCACAUUCGUGUGGUGAGGGACAUCACUCCAGACAACCAUCUAAUCCACCUGGCCAUGAAAAGCCCUCAACCUGACAAACGACCGAAAGACUUUGUCCUGUUAGCCUCCGAGAGGCCAAGAAUGGAAUAUGAUGGGUACCAGCUGAAUGCAGUGGCCUACCGUUCAGUCCUCUAUAAAGAUCUCCCUGAGCUGGACAGCUACGAUCGAUCACACGUGAUCUCAUCAGGCUACAUUCUGAGGGACUGUCCACCCGAUGAUGAGGGGGAGUCAGAGGACCAAAUGUCGUGUGAGGUGACCUACAUCCACCAGGUUGGCUCGUCCGUCAUGCCGUUCAUGGCCGAGGAGUUCCUGGGCACCUCUGACCUCAUCCAGAAACUCUUCUCCUCACUCUGUAACUACCUCAGCCAGAGCACUUGACACUAUGCAUGCUCUAUAAUGACUGAAUAAUUUUUUGGUAACACUAUAUUAUUUUGU